AUGCCCUACACAGGCUCUUGUCAUUGUCUUUCUGGCCUUUUCAGCCUUCUAUCCCCUAAGACCGCUAAAUCGAAGAAAAGUCGUCAACCUACGGAGCGUUCAGGUCGACCUCGAGUGACCCUACGCCAGCUUCGUGGGCAAGUCAAGGAGCCCGCCGUGGCCGAGUCUUUCUUCAGUGAUGGUGGUGGUCGGCACAAUGAUCCUCGUGUGCACCAAGGACGACGGAUCACCACAGACUUCGAAAUCGGCGAACUGCUCGGGAAAGGGUUCUCGGGCUCGGUGUAUGUCGCCAGGCGGAAGGCCACGGGGGAGCGUUUCGCGGCGAAGUGCAUCAAGAAGAAGUCCUUGGCCGAGAAGGACGCCUCUGAUUUGCUCUACUCCGAAGCGACGGCCAUGCUCCAAAUAGAGCCACAUCCCAACGUUUGCCGACUAUAUGAGGUGUAUGAGGAUAGUGAUAGUGUGUGGAUGGUGUUGGAGCUCAUCGACGGAGGAGAGGGAGAUCUCCAUGCCUGGCUUCAACGGCGGAGGAAGGUGGUCACCUCUGAACAGGCGGCUGAAAUAUUAGCACAAGUGUGGCGAGCCGUCCAACAUAUUCAUCGAGCUGGAGUGGUCCAUAGGGACCUCAAAUUGGAGCAUUUCAUAUUCGCCAAGAAUGGUGUGUUGAAGCUCAUAGACUUCGGUUUUGCCAACACGCAAGGGCGCGUAUGUGGUACCCAUCCGUAUGUGGCGCCAGAGGUCUAUGUGGACGCCUGUGACUCGAAAACUGAUAUGUGGAGCAUCGGGAUCAUCGCUCUGCUCUUCACGAAGUGCUAUGUCGAUCCGGUCAUUCGAGGGAUUAUAUUUGAGCCUUUGAAGGGGCGCACUACACGUCAGGAAAGCCGUACGCGAGCGCUAAGACUGGCGAAUGCAGUGGCCACUUGCCGUCCUGAGGUCUUCGACUGUCCUGGAGGUGGUUCAGUACCCUCAGACUUCAUCCGUGAUCUUGUUGCGGAACGUCCAUCGGGGAGACUGAGUUCUGAUGGAACUCCUUAUUGGAUAGCCGAUCAGGUGCAUCCCGAGACGGACCGAUUCUCGACGGUUGACACCCUCAAUGGGUGUGAGGUGAUGCUACUCCUGGCCGAGUUGGACGUGGGGACUGCCCCUAGUGGUCUACGAAUGGAGGCUGAACGGCUCUACUGUGACAACGACGUGAAUGCUACAUUUGUGGACUUUUAUGCCCAGCAACUACCUGCUCUACUUGACGGCCGUCGGUCCCGUGAUAGGCACCAACUCGAACACUUGUACGAUCGAGUCGGAGCCCGAAUGAAUUCCAAGCGCCGUACUGUGAGAGCGCUGGUUGACAUGGCGUGCGAAGCCUCAGCUUCGACGCGGGUUUCCUCUAGCCGGUAUUCGGGCAGCUCCUUGAACUCCACUGCUGGCCGUAAGACUCGUUUCUAUCAAUAA